AUGUCUAAGAGCCUCAAGAAGAAAAACCACUGGACCAACAAAGUCCACGAAGCGGUGAUAACCCGGGGCAAGGAAGGGGAACUGGGGUUCGAGCUGAAGGGGGGCGCGGAGAACGGCCAGUUCCCCUACUUCGGCGAGGUGAAGCAGGGGAAGGGACUGAUCCAGAGCGGCAAACUGGCUCAGGAUGAGCUGCUGCUGGAGGUCAACGACAUGCCAGUGGCCGGGCUCACCACCCGGGACGUGCUGGCCGUGAUCAAACACUGCAAAGACCCGGUCCGCUUCAAAUGUGUCAAACAAGGGGGAGUGGUUGACAAGGAUUUGCGGCACUACCUCAACCUGCGCUUCUCCAAGGGCUCUGUGGACCACGACCACCAGCAGAUCAUCAGAGACAACCUCUACCUCCGCACCGUUCCCUGUACCACCAGGCAGCCUAAGGAGGGGGAGGUGCCAGGGGUGGACUACAACUUUGUGAGUGUGGAGCGUUUUAUGGAACUGGAGCAAAGUGGAGCCCUGCUAGAGAGUGGAACCUAUGAAGAUAACUUUUACGGCACACCAAAACCUCCAGCGGAGCCGUCCCCUGCAGCUCCUCCUCUGAAUGUGAGUGAGGCUCUGCUGCCCGGAGCCCGGCCCAGCGCCCAGGGCAAGAGGAAGAGGAACCAGUCAGUCAGCAACAUGGAGCAGCGCGCGAGUCUGGAGCCACCUGAGGAGGAGGAGGAGGAGAGUCCGGUUGUCAACGGCAAUGGGGUGGCCAUCACACCAGAGUCCAGUGAACAUGAGGACAAGAGCACAGAUGCCUCUGGGGAGGUUGCUGUUGAAGUGUCCAGCCAGGCCCCAGCCUCCAUUGAGCCUCCCAUCGAAGGAGAGGAGGCCCCACAAUCUCCCUCUAAAUCCCCCACCAAAGUCCCAGACGCAGAUGAGGAAGAGCUCGGUCCUUUGCCUGACAACUGGGAGAUGGCCUACACUGAGAAGGGGGAGGUCUACUUCAUAGAUCACAACACGAAAACUACAUCAUGGUUGGAUCCUCGGCUCGCAAAGAAAGCAAAGCCACCAGAAGAAUGCAGGGAAGAUGAGCUGCCCUAUGGCUGGGAGAAGAUAGAUGACCCCAUCUACGGCAGCUACUAUGUAGAUCACAUCAACCGAAGGACUCAGUUUGAGAACCCCGUCCUGGAAGCCAAGAGACGCCUGGAGCAGCAGCGGCAGAUGCAGAGCCAGGGACUGUCCGCCCUGCCACUGCCCACUAUAUACAGAGAGAAGCCAUUGUUUACGAGGGACCCAACCCAGCUGAAGGGCACCUUCCUGUCCACAGCCCUGCAAAAGAGCAACAUGGGAUUUGGCUUCACGAUCAUAGGAGGUGACGAGCCAGAUGAGUUCCUGCAAGUGAAGAGUGUAAUACCAGAUGGACCAGCUGCUCAGGACGGAAAGAUGGACACAGGUGACGUCAUCGUCUACAUUAAUGACAUCUGUGUGCUCGGCACCACACACGCCGAUGUUGUCAAGCUGUUUCAGUCGGUACCCAUUGGUCAGAGUGUGACCCUCGUGCUCUGUCGAGGAUAUCCUCUGCCUUUUGACCCAGAGGACCCUAGUGGCGCUGCGAGCACCUCCCUGACACCCAUCGGCCUGGAGCACCGGCCCUUGGUGGUGAACGGCCGCAGCAGCUACGACCCGUACCUGGAGUACCUGUCCUUGAGCUCCCAGCUGCCUCCUCAGGCUCUGGCCCAGGCCGGAGCACCUCACCCGGGGGACACACAUCUAGACGGCUCGUCCCUGCCGCCCACCACACCCGGCUCAGCCUCGGCACUAACACCUCACGACGACAAUGUGUCCAUGGCCUCCUCGGGAACUGCAGGGGUUGCCGGAGCAGCAGCACAAGGGGCAGAGCUGCUGACGGUCACUAUGGUGAAAGGGUCGGAGGGAUUUGGGUUCACAAUUGCCGAUAGUCCCACUGGUCAGCGAGUUAAACAGGUGCUGGAGCCAGGCUCACAGGGAGCAUCGGGGCUGAUAGAGGGAGACCUGAUCCUGGAGGUGAACCAGCAGCCAGUGGCUGCAGCUGGACAUGGACGAGUGGUGGAGAUGCUGAAAGAGUGCCCUGUGGGAGCUGAGGCAACACUCCUCAUACAGAGAGGAACAGGCCACAUCUCUCCAUGGAAGGCCUCCAAACAGUUGACUGACCAGUGGGACCCUCAUGGCAGCCCCCAGGCAAACUUGUCUGGCCCACUCUUGCAGCCUGGCACACCCUUCCCAAACCAGCCACAGCACCGCACUUCUGUACCCGACUCAACCGAAGGCUUUGACCUUAACAAGCCUGACCCUUACGACCUUUAUGAGAAGUCAAGGGCUAUCUACGAGAGCCGACGUCCAGAGUACGAAGAGGUGGAGGUGCACCUGCUGAGGGAGAAAACUGGGUUCGGCUUCCGCAUCCUGGGGGGAGACGAGGCCGUGCAGGCUAUUGUUAUUGGCGCUAUAAUAGAGAACACUCCUGCUGAGCGUGAUGGGCGGCUUCGACCCGGGGAUGAGCUCAUUUCUGUGGAUAAAAAUGUGGUUGCUGGGAAACCGCACAAAUACGUUAUAGACUUGAUGCAUGCAGCCGCUCGCAACGGUCAAGUCAGCUUGACUGUGAGAAGGAGAGUGCAAACGCCUGGUGAACUGUGUCCUGUGAAUGGCCGCAGCCCUGGCUCGGUGUCGACACAACACAGCUCUCCACGCAGUGAUGCGGCCUCAGCUUCGGGCCCUCCGGCGGUCAGCGUCCCAGCUGCCACCUCUCCCCCAGAGGGAUCUGCCCUGCAAACCAGUGAUGUGGUUAUUCACCGCAAGGAAAAUGAGGGCUUCGGCUUCGUUAUCAUCAGCUCGCUGAACAGACCGGAGAACGCCACCGUCAUCACUGUGCCCCAUAAAAUAGGACGUAUCAUCGAGGGCAGCCCUGCAGACCGGUGUGGGAAGCUGAAGGUGGGCGACCGGAUCUUGGCUGUGAACGGACAGUCCAUCAUCAGCAUGCCGCACGCGGACAUUGUCAAGCUCAUUAAAGACGCUGGGCUUACAGUCACACUGCACAUCAUACCAGAGGAGGAAUGGCACAGUUCCCAUUCUGGGCCCAGCUCAGAGAAGCAGAGCCCCAUGACCCAGAAACACAGCCCACAGACCCAGCCCAGCCCUGUAGCCCAGCCAAGCCAAGGAGGCAUCCAGCCUGGCCAAACAGUUCAUCAGCCAGGCCAAACCACAACUCAGCCAGGUCAAGCACCUGUCCAGCCGAGCCAGGCACCGGCUCAGACAAGCCAAACCGUGACUUGCCCUCCUGCACCAGCAGCCUCCCAGCCUGCACCAGCCGGAGCCCAGCAGAGCCCGGUCACCCAGCAUUCUGGUCCCCCUCCACAGCUCUACCUCCACGAUGGCAGGUCAGAGGUAAAAGCCAGGCAGGACGUCAAACCUGACUUCCGCCAUCCUCCAUUCACUGAUUACAGGCAACCUCCAGUAGACUACCGUCACCCACCAGUCACUGAUUAUCGACAGCCUCCAACGUUGGACUACCGACACCCGCCUGGUCUGCUGGACUUCAGACAGCAUCCUGCAGCUGCACAGUUCCCCUUGGGGAUCCCUGCUGACUUCAGACCACAGGACUUCGAUUACUUCACAGUGGAGCUGGAGAAAAGUGCGAAAGGUUUCGGCUUCAGCAUCCGCGGGGGCAGAGAGUACAAGAUGGACCUCUUUGUGCUGCGCCUUGCUGAGGAUGGUCCUGCCAUACGUAAUGGAAGGAUGAGGGUAGGGGAUCAGAUCAUAGAGAUUAACGGGGACAGCACGCGGGACAUGACUCACGCCCGUGCCAUUGAACUCAUCAAGGCGGGGGGCAGGCGGGUCAGGCUGCUGCUAAAGAGAGGCACAGGACAGGUGCCAGAAUAUGACUGUGCCGGCCCCUGGGAUUCCCUUUCUACAGCCCACUCUGCCCUGCAGGAAGUGACCCUUGGAACCCACCCGAAUCCAUUGCUCUCAUCCCAUCCGACCUCAGCCCCAGACUCCCCUCAUCAGCUCCCUCUAGAGGCCACAGUGUGUAUGGCAAACAAAGCUCCACAGCAGACAGACCACAGCUUCAUUAGAGGGGCUACAGGUGGCAGGUCCACCCAGCAGAAGUGCAUCAUCAGGGGGCAGGGAACCCCUCAGGGGUGUGGAGAGGUGGACUGCGGACCAGGCGACAGACAGCCUCGUGCUUUGCCUCCUAAAGCUGUCCUGGGGAGGUCCGUUGAUAGACGAGAGAGGCAGAGGGAUGCUUGCUCCCCCUGCUGUGAGAGAAAGGCCCUGCACACACAGGCAAUGAGCACUGUCUGGCCCUGGGACACAUAUGUGAGUGUGAAUUCGAAUGGAGCCUCUCUGGCCGGUGGAGAUGGACAUGUCAGCCUCCAGGAGAGGCUGGUGUCCAGAGGUCUGUUCUCCAGAGAAGACGAGAGGGCUAGCGGCCACAGUGGGCUCUGCUGCCCGUCUAAAACUAUGGAAGACCCUCCUGUGAGAAGCGCAGCUGCCUCCCCUGGGCCCUGGAACGUCCCUGGGUCUGACAAACUGCCCGGCACCCUGAGGUCCUGGACCUCCACAGUAAGCAGGUAGAAUGGAUCUAGCUGUUUUGGACUGGAUCACACUGUCCGGCUCCCCAUGCAGUUCACCAUCGGAUGUCUGAGAAAAACAUUAAAUCUCCCUCGCUCUCUCUUACUGUCCCGUUUUCUUCUCCAUCUACUUCUGAAACCAUAUUUUGUUUCAUUUGUUCUUACUAGAUGAUUAUUACACCAACCACCUUAAAAAAACAGAGGAACUUUCACAGCUAUUGUAAAAUACAGUAUAAAACCUGAUGGAGAGUACUCAGUACAAAGGCAUUUUGGACCCUCAGAUGUGACAGUUGAUGUUCUGAUUACAGAUGAAGCAGCGAUGUCGGAUUCUGAGUGGAGCUGUGCUUUUGACACGUACUUUUAACCACUCGACCGUGUCUGGCUCUGAUUGGUUAGUGCAACAUAACGUCAGAUGGAACAAGAUCCUCGCAGGAGAGAGACAUAUGUCCAUCCAAGAGGUUUGCUUUUGCUCCAUUUUCUUUGAGCAGUGGGAAGAAGGAGACUACAAAUCCAUCAGAUGGAAAAAGUGACACUGAAACUCCCUAAGGACAUGGCACUGGCCGCACUGACAGCCUGGUUAACCCGACAUAUGUUAAGAUCUCACACGCCUACCAAUAUAUCAUAUACUGUAAAUGUAAAGAUGUGAAAAAUGUGUACAUUUGGUAAACUCAAAAACAUACCUGUUUGGUGUUUUUUUUUUUUUUUUGAGGCCAUGUUGUAGUUAGAAACAUUGUAAAGAAAAGAGAAAAAAAAACACCAGGACAGUAUUUUAGGAUCACUAUUUCCAUGGCCUCGUCUAUAACUACAUAUCAGAGACUGUGCAAGUCACCAAACCUAGACUGCUAAGGGAGGCGGUGUUCGUGUGCAUGGAUAUAAAUCACCAUGUCAUUAAACAGGGACUCACAUGUCUUUUAGAUGUAAAAUAUAGAGAGGAGACCCUCUGACUGCCCCGCUGAGCAGUCAGUACUCAUGUGAGACAAAGAUGAUCUGUUUUUUGGGGGGGGGGUUUUCCAUCAAAUUGAAC